CCGAGAGCGGGCCCGGCCUCUCCCGUCCCUUCCUGUCCGCGGCAGCGCCCCGGUGAGCGGCCCCCGCCCCACCGGGCCCCCCGGGGCCGGCGUCCGCGGGGCCGCGUAGGGCGAGAGGAUGUCCCGGGUGCCGGUGGGGAAGGUGCUGCUGCGGAACGUUAUCCGGCACACGGGCGCGCACAACAAGAUUCAGGAAGAGACAGAAAUGUGGAAAAUAAGGGAGUGGGAGAAACAGACAGAAGAGACUUACUGGAAAAGGCAAAGCAGAAUGUUGUCAGACACCUCCAGCAGUCGGAUGCGCAGUGAUGGCUUUGAUGAGGAUGGCCACAGGGCUGACUGGAAAACAAGGAACUCACAAUUCCUUGACCUAGUUGAAGAUGAUCUCCUUAGGGCCCGAUCCUGGAAUAAAAAGCUGUAUGAAUGUGAAGCAAAUAUGCCAGACAGAUGGGGUCACAGUGGCUACAAAGAGUUGUACCCUGAAGAAUUUGAUACAGACAGUGACAAGCCAGAAGGAGAUGAGCAAAAUGCUAUCAAUGGGAAGAAGAAAUCUCAUCUGGGAAAGCAAACUGCCCGUGAGUCGCACAAACGGAAAAAAACAAAGAAAUCACAGAAGAAGAAGCAAAAAAAGCGAUCACACAAAAAGCGGAAGAAAAAGAAAAAGGAACAAGGGCGAACAUCAUCAGAUUCUUCCCGGGAGAGCGAGUGCUCAGAAGAGGAGACUUCAAGCACCCGGAAAGGGAAACACAAGCGCAAGAAAAAGACCAGGAAAGUGCCUGCCAGGGAACCUACCUCUUCUUCUGGGCAGGAAAGUGACUUUUCUCAUGCAAGCAGCUCAACCACCAGCAGCUCUGAGGACAGUGAAUCUGAGGAGAAAAAAGAGAAACGCCCCCCCAAAAAGAGAAAGAAACGUCACAAUUCUGUGUCAGAGAGCCACAGUGAAGUACCAGAGAAGAGGAACAAGAGGAAGAACUGGAAAGUGGCUGCCGAUGAAAAAUCGGAGGAUAGCUCAGAUGAGGACUGAUGAGUCUAGGCUGCAGCUCAAACAAUAAGGUAGAGGACAGAGGCAGGUAUUUAACUUUCAGCACUGCCCCACGGUACAACUUGUUUUAACACUGUGGUUUAUAUACAUCCUGCCAGCCCACAGAGGGAGAAACUGAGCCUUGGCAGCCUGCAGUAGGUGCCCCCUUGCUUUUCAUUGACUUGGUUCAGAAAACCAGGGGAGCAGUUGCCUGUCUCACAGGCUGGCUAGUCCUGCCAAUUUCAGAUUCUUUUUCUGUAACCAGGUUGACAUCUGAUGCACAAAAAUGUUACAGGCUAUCUGCUGGGGGAAAGCGGGCGUGUUUGCACCGUUUUUAUUUAAAAAAAAAAAAAAAAAGUUUUAACAGAUCGCUUUUGUGUUACCAAAUCAAUGACCAAGACUUGCAAUAGGAGUGGGGAGAGACAAAAAGUCUGAUAACAGAGGAAAUGUCACUAGAUUUAACCCUACGGUAGCUUUCUCUUCCCAUCCUCCAAUGAAAGCAGAGCUGUGUGGCAGCAUGCACAGGGUCAACUGGACACAGAAGGGAGUGUGAGGGAAUACUCUCAUUCCAGCUGAAGGUGCGGUGACUCCUUCUGUAAUGAUGAAGAAAAGACACCAGUGCAUUUGCCUGUUUUAGACUUCUGUCCGAAUCCUGGCACGGGCUGGACAUUGCGUCUACCUUUCCUUUAUUCUCUCUAGAGGAAUGCUGAAACCAUUUGUGCUGACAGAAAUGCCUUGGUGGGGGUUGUGUUCUGGCUCUGGUCUGCCCAGUGUAUGACUGGAGAGAUUGGUACCGGGCCGUUCUCCCAGCAGUUGAACAGCCAAGCCUUUUAACAAAAUAAAUAAAUCCAGACAUG